UGCAUUUUACCAUCAAAUAUCAAUUCGGGAAGCUUUAGCGAAUAGCCGAAUCGAAGUGCUGUGCAAGGUAGAUGAAGUGUACUGUGUUUCGGCAAACCGUCACCGAAAUGGGCGAGGCGUAGUUUUUUGGUUUUGGAUCGGCAGGUUUCAAUUCCACGUCGAUUUUUCGCGUGUGAAAUAAGAAGAGAGAGUGAGGAAAGAAAAAAAACCUCUUGGUUUCACAUCUUUUAUCAUAUGCAUGUGCAAAACGGAAGGAACAAUUAUCCAGUUCUAAUGCGGGGGGAGCUCGUGCAAUAGCGGCACACCUCACCUACGCCUUCAGCGUACAUAUAAACACGAAAGCAGAAAUAUCCAUCACAAUCACACAUUGAUACACGCAACGCACAUAGAUCAUCAUUAUGACAACGAAUCCGCAUGACCCGGAAUUUGAAAAGAAGUACCUGGCGGAUAUUGAGCGUGCCAAGGCGCUUAGCCUGGAAACGCUCGAGCUGGAGAAGAUACGGGCCAAACAGCGACAAAUGACACCGGAGCUGGCCACCGAUCCGAAAGCCGUCUCCCAAACGCUCGAAGAGUAUCGGGCGUAUCUGCAAAGGCGUGUCGCUUGCAGUACUGGCAAAGUUCCAACAUCGACCGGGAAUAGUUUGGAGUUGCCGUCCGGUUCAUCAGGCCCGGUACGACGACACAGUGACUGUCGCAAUCCCGGCUUACAAGCACCGCAAACGCAACCGGCCAGCAAUGGGCAGGACGAAGCGGAUCUAAUAUCGUUCAAUGCCGUACCGAAGCCACCGGAUCCGAAAGAGGAAGCACGGAACAAUCUAAAGGAACUGGUCGAACAGAUGCAUCGACUUCAAACACAGCCACCGGCCGCAGGGGGACAGUACGCCGAGCAGGGCUUUAAAACGCAACGUAGCCUCAGCAUGUCGGCUGCAAGUUACGGCUUCCAACAGGCGGCAUAUCAACCUGUGGGAAUGCCACCCGUCUCACAUCUACAGGGACCGUAUAAUGCCACCUCGAUGCAGCUGGUACCGUACAAUAGUCAAACAUCGAAACCCAAACCACUCACACCGGAGGAACUGCACCGGCUGUACAAUAGUCCACCACUGUACGCCGUUGCUACGGCUGGAGGACCCGCAGCCAUGGUUGCGCCACCGGUAUACCCCGGUACGGUUGCACCAGCUCCCACCCUAUACCCCGGUAUGCCAUCGUACGCAUCGGUACCAUACGCGCCCACCCAUUCAGCAUCACUACCUCAAUCGGCACCGCAUUCCACAUCACCGGCACCGGUAUACGGUGUAACUCCCGGAACGCCACUGUAUCCCUCACUGCAAACCUCCGGCAUGAAUGGAGCAUCAGCAGCGGCACCAUCGGUUUCGAACCCAGAAUCGGCACUGGUACACGUGCCAAAGUUGGGCACAGCAGGACGGUCAUACUCCCAACCCCACAGCAUCGUUACGAACGCGCUCAAACGCCAUCCGUCCCCGGCAAGGGAAGGUACGAGCGGUGUUGUGCUGCGGCCCAAAAGUGAUCCGGCGCAACUCCGACUUGGUGCCAAGGGUGCGGAUCUGAUCGAUCUCGGCUUUGAGGACAAUCCGCGCGUAUCGGUGUUGGAAGCGUUCGAUCCGCUGCUGUGUGGCAAUCGUUCAUCCAGCGGCAGCAGUGCGGACGAGGAUAAAGAUGACACGGCCUCCACCUACUAUGAAGAUUACGAUCCGUUCGAUUACAUCUACUCCGGCGGUACGCAGUACUCCGAUCCGGUGUAUGAAGCCGUCGUCAAUCGCUCACUGUCGGAUAAAACGGCCACGCCGCUAUCGCCGCCGGCUUCACUGUACGGUGCGGUUGGCGUACUGCCACCCGGUACACCGAGCGGUUCCCUGUCCGGGAGUUGCUCGUACGGUUGGGCCACGUCGCCGGUAGAAGCUUCCACCUGUUCGCCGGUGGCCGGAGAAGAUGGCACACCGCCACCGCUUCCACCGCGCAAUCUAACCGGCGGCUAUUACCACACGAUGCUGCGCGGUGUUCCGGCUGGCCAACCGGAUGAGCAGUCCAAUUACGAGAUCAUGCAACGGAAGCUAGCCCCGGCGAGUGGCGUCGAGCGACGGGCUACACCCUACAAGCUGUACGAGAAUGUGGUGAUUGCGAAGAGCUACGAUAAGGAACUGAUUGCUUUCUACAAUAUGGUGAAACAGCUCAGAGCACAAUAUCGAAAUGAUGAUCAAACUACAAACGUUGGACAUAUUGUCGCUGCGGAGUUCGAAAGCCGUCACGUGGAGGGAACGAGCAUCAAGCUGCUGGUACAUCCGGCACUCGAUUGUUUCGCUGGUGGCGAUCAAACGAAGGGACAAAUUGAUGGCUAUGGACCACCGAUACCAUUUACCUGUGAUAUUACGACGACGGUGGAACAUGUGAUUGCCCAGGUGUACUGUGCGCUCGAGGGCAAGAUCUGCAACACGGUGAGCGAUUAUGCGCUGAAAGCGAUCGGCAUCCAGGAGAUACUGUGCGUGCGGACGCGCCUUAACCAGCUCCAGUGUGUGCACGAUAGCAUCAAGCUCGAGCACGACGUACAGCUGGGAUUUGUACCGAAAACGGCACGCACAAUGAAGGUGAUUGCUCGCACCGGGCAGGACGAUGCGCGCGAGGCCGAGAUGCGUUUGGAGCAUCUGCUGCCGAAGGAAACGACGAAUGCGAUCGGGUACGAUGAUUUAAUGAUACUGCUGGAGACGCUCGAGGCGGAAAUUGAAAAGCUGCAGUCCUCGGCAGACGAUGGACCGUCCGGGCGCACCAUACUGACGUGUUCCGGUGUGAUACAGGCGGUUAAGGCUAUCUGCAACCUGCUCGGACCGCUCGAUACACUCGACAUCGCGAAAUCGAUCGAUGAUCUGCGGGCUUGCUGUGAUCAUGGGCAGACCGUGUUUAGCUACCGAGACAGCGUGGUGGACGACGAAACGUACAGCAACGGUAGCUUAGCGAUCGUGUCGGAAAGUGGUGACUAUGCGGAGGUAAAGCUGCGCCCGCGUACGGUCGCGGAACAGAUCCGCUACCGGUGUAACGAGGUACGGCACGCCAUCCAGAGCCUGCUCGAGAUCUACGCGCAAGCGUUCCGGGUGAAUUUUUGCGUUAAUGUGCCCGAGUACAAUGCGAACCCGAUCUCGAUCUGCAACAUCUCGCAGGCGGUGAUGGUGAACGUGUCCUGUCUGCAUCGACCACCGAUGCAUUGGCGGCAUGACGAAUACAACCUUGGUGUGCAAAUCUAUCACGGUGCAAGGUACAUCAGUGAACCGUACGUGGUGCAGUGUUCGAACGAACUGUCCGGCAUUUAUCCGCGCCUAACGUUCAACUCGUGGAUUAUGUUCCGCAAUCCGGUGUGCACGUUACCGCGCGAGGCACGCCUCGUACUGGUACUGUACGGGUGUACCCGGGAACCGGUGGAGGGUGGCAAUGAUGGAGGCUCCUCCUCCACUGGGGCCGUUGCACCACCGGGCGUGAACGAUUCCGCUGGUCCGGAAGGGCGCAUGACGAAGGUGGAGCUGGGCUGGGGUUCGUUGCAGUUUUUCGACUUCGAGCGCAAAAUGGUGCAGGGUUCGUACCUCGUGCCGAUGUGGCCCCCGACGACGGAUAAAUUCUUUGGCCCGGCACCGUCCAAGGGUACGUACCCGAUUGGCGGCAGCUACCCAAUACUUGGCAUCGAAAUACCGAGCUACGGUGGUGCGGUAGUGUUUCCGGAACCGAUACGAAAUUUACCGCCGGUGGUACAGCUGGAUUUUACCAGCCUCGAUCGCAACCUGCAGCAGGAGCUGAUUGAUACGGCCGAGCAGGGUUACUCACCGGAUAAGCUGGAAAAGCGUGAAGUGCUGUGGGAGAAGCGCCACUAUCUGCAUCGAUUCCCGCACGCACUGCCGAAGAUUCUGCACGCAGCACACAGCUGGGAUUAUGCCUGUCUGGCGGAUCUGCACGCGCUCAUAAAGUCGUGGACGGUGCUAAGUCCCGUGCAGGCACUCGAGUUGCUGCUACCGCGCUAUCCCGACCUGGAGGUACGUCGGCAGGCAGUGGAAUGGAUAGCAGCGAUGGCGAAUGACGAGUUCGUUGACUACUUGCCACAGUUGCUGCAGGCGCUCAAGCACGACACGUACGAAGGCUCACCGUUGGCAAUGUUGCUGUUGCGGAAAUCGCUCGAAUCCCCGAGGAUCGCCCACCAUCUGUACUGGUUGCUGUUGCACAGCCUUCCCGGCGAAGCGCCCCAAAACAUGAUCGAUGCUCAGGAGACGGCUUGCGAUGCGGUGCUCAUGAACCAAGCGCGUUACCACCGGCGCAACCAGCUAAUGCUGCGCGCACUGCUCGCAAUCUGUGGCGAAAAGCUCACCGGCCGGUUCCUCUCGCAGAACAUGAUGUGCAAGAAGCUGGGCGAAGUGGCGCAGAGCGUAAAACUGGCGAAAGAUUCGCACCGUCUGCAGGUGCUGAAGCAAGGUCUCGAGUCCGUCAACCAGAUGCUGAUCGACAGCCCGACCGUAUUGCCGCUCGAACCCGGUGCCGAGGUGACCGGUGUCGUGGUGCGCAGUUGCAACUACUUUAACUCGAACACGCUGCCGUUGAAGAUAAAUUUCGCCGGCCCGGAUAAGGUGGUGGUACCGGCCAUAUUUAAGGCGGGUGAUGAUCUGCAGCAGGACGCGCUCACCAUCCAGAUGGUGCGCAUUAUGGACAAGAUGUGGCUGAGGGAAGGGCUCGAUCUGAAGAUGGUCACGUUCAACUGUGUGCCGACCGCGUACAAGCGCGGCAUGAUCGAGCUGGUUUCGGAUUCGGAAACGCUCCGGAAGAUACAGGUGGAGUGGGGCGUUACCGGUUCGUUCAAGGACAAAUCGAUUGCCGAGUGGCUGGCGAAGCAAAACCCAAGCCAGCUCGAGUAUCAGCGGGCGGUUGAGAAUUUUACGCGCUCGUGCGCCGGCUACUCGGUGGCAACCUACAUUCUCGGCAUUUGUGAUAGGCAUAACGAUAACAUUAUGCUAAAAACGUCCGGCCAUCUGUUUCACAUCGAUUUCGGCAAGUUUCUCGGUGAUGCGCAGAUGUUUGGCAAUUUUAAACGUGAUCGAACGCCAUUCGUGCUAACGUCCGAUAUGGCGUAUGUGAUAAACGGUGGCGAUCGUCCAUCGGCAAAGUUCCACCAGUUCGUCGAUCUGUGCUGUACCGCGUUCAACAUCGUCCGGCGGCACAGUGAUCUGCUGCUGCACAUGUUCGCGCUGAUGACCACGUCCGGCAUACCGGGCGUAACGGUCGAGGCGGUCAACUACGUGCGCAACGCGCUACUACCGGGCCAAUCGAACCCGGAAGCGGCGGCAACGUUCGCGAAGAUGAUACACAUAUCGCUCAAGUCGUGGUUCACGCAGUUUAACUUCUUCCUGCACAACAUCGCACAGAUGAAGUUCUCGGCCGAAACCGGCGACGGCGAGUUGCUGAGCUUCAUACCACGGGUUUACACGAUGGCCCAGGACGGGCGCUUAAAGACGGUUUACGUACACGGGUAUCAGAAGCGUUACGAUCAAGAAAAGUAUUAUACGUACAUUCUGCGGGUAGAGCGACAACAUCAGCCAGAUGCAGCCUAUCUGUUUCGUUCGUACAAGGAAUUUUGCGAGUUCCAUCAGAAGCUCUGCAUGCAUUUUCCGCUCGCCAAAUUGCAUAGUCUGCCGUCCGGCAUCCAUGUCGGUCGCUCGAACGUCAAGGUGGUCGCCGAACGUCGUCUUCCAGAGAUUCGCCAGUUUCUCAUCUCGUUGUUUAACUCGGCAGAUGAAAUAGCACAUUCCGAUCUAGUUUACACCUUCUUCCAUCCGCUGUUGCGCGACCAACAGGAAGCCGAUAUCAAUUCGGCCAAAGUGAAAGGUACACCGGCAGCGAUCGAAGACGGCCAGCCGCCACAGGUUGGUGGCAAGAUAAAGAUUUCAAUGCAAUACCACCGGGACACACUGAUCGUGAUGAUCCACCAUGUGCUCUCGCUGCCAAACACGCCCGGUGGACAGCCGCCAAACACGUACGUUAAGGUGUACCUUAAGCCGGACCCCUCGAAAGAGACCAAGCGCAAAACCAAAGUGGUGCGGAAGAACUGCAAUCCUAGCUUUAUGGAAACGUUGGAAUACCGGCUCCCGCUCGAGUUUAUCCAGAGGAAGGUGCUGCAGGUGACGAUCUGGUCGCAUGAUUCGCUGCAAGAGAAUGCAUUCCUUGGUGGCGUUGAGCUACCGCUUGCCGAAAUAGAUUUACGUCGCGAAACGAUACAGUGGUACCAGCUGGGUUACCUAACGCGUGUCUAAGAUCGGUCGUCAUCUGUACAUGUCCAAUUUUACAUAUUUUCUUUUUAAAUUAUGUUUUGUUUUUUUUUUCGUCACUAUCGUAUUACUACCGUUGCUGUGCAUUUGUUUAUUGUAACUGCUAUUGCGUAUUUAAAAAAAAAACAAUGUUUGCUAGUUUGUCACAGUAUACUCAAAAGCCAGGAAAGAGAGAAAAAAGGUCUUAAAACAGGUUGUGAACAAAGAUGUAAGAUAGCGGAGCUUUGGACGGGCAAGUGGAAUUGUUAAUGUGCACAUCAAAUCUAUCCCUGUUAUUUGUUAGCUGCUUAAUCCAGGAGCAACCAUAUAUAAACACACUCAAUCAUUAAACGUUUUGAAAGCAGGAUAACGAUUUGUUGGAACUAAUCGAACACCCUCCUCUUGCCAUUGUAACAACCGUAAUUGAUCAUAUUCAUAUAUUAAUUUUGUGCAGGAAUUGUAUAUUUGAAGCAUUUUUUUUAUUUACAUCCACUGCUACUUUAACAAUCCUUUAACAUGUAGAACCACCGUACCGAUCUAACUAGCCCAGGGCUUAAAAGAAGGAUAAGAUUAUGUGCAUUCGUGUAGUUGAUGCUUUUCGUUGCUUUCGUAGCGCUAACGUGCGUGUUUGUGUUAACAAGAGGAUAUUUUAUUUAUUACCGUACACCUGCACAUCGAGUGACAUAAGGCAAGUACAUGCCAGCGUGUGCGUGUGUGUGUGACCUGAUGUUGAUCGUAAUCGGAAGAGCUAAUUGAGAAGAAAUAUAUCUAUACUAAAUCAA